AUGAUGGAUGAUAUUUAUUCCCAUUACCAAGAUCCGGAGCAACUAGUCUCUGGACAACUCGCACUAUUGUUGGCGAUACUCGCAAGUGCGGCAGCAAUGUACCAGUACUUUGUCACCGAGGUACAACUUGAAGCGUCAGAGACUGAUGCCCUCCAUUCGUCGCUGUUUUGGACCAAUAGUGCUUUGGAGAUGUUGGAAAUCUCUCGUCGAACUUCUGCCGGUCAGAUUGAGGAUGUCCAAGCCACGAUACUCUUGUCAUUCCUCCUGUAUCAUCUUGAAGGAUUUUCUGUGCGAACCCGAGGUCUUUUUAGUUCGGCCCUCUGUGCCGCGCGUGAGCUUUCGCUGCACAAAAUAGAUGGUCCAGGUAUUCGAUCUUCAGAAUUUCGGGCCCGUGAAGACCCGGUAUAUCUUGAAGUGAAGAGGAGAAUUAUCUGGCAUGUCGUUGCCACUGAUUGGCUUCUCGCACUCAGUGGCGGUCCUCAGGAAGGGACCUAUACGAUGCAGACCCGGCAUAUGCUGGUGAAUCGACCAAGAAACGUCGAUGAUGACGAUAUUACGCAAGAUCCUAGUCUCGACCAACCAAUAUCAUCCCCUAGCACAAUGUCAUACUACUUACAGCGCAUCAAUCUGGCCGAUUUAUGCCGAAGUGUCGCCGAUGCAAUCCCUUUAUUGAGCGUGGAUAUCUCUGCAAUAGAUUACAAGGACAUCAUUACUCUGGACCGACGGUUUGAGGCGUUGUUGGAAGGUUUGCCAUACUUUUUAAAAACUGACGAGCACAACCGGAAGAGGAGUGAAGAUGUCUUGUUAAAGUACCCUCAAUUACGGGCUCAAAGAUUCUCGUUUGCAAUGGUAGCACUUACAAGACGUUGCAAACUACACCAGCCCUUUCUCAUUAGAGGGUCCGUUCACCAAGAGUACAAAUAUUCGAGGGAAGUUUCACUCAGAUCAGCGCGCAGUGUGAUCAAGAUGAAAAGAGUGGUUGAACAAGAAUCGGGACCACUGUUCGGGACUGAUGUGAAACUCACGGGGAUCUCUCACCACAUCUUCAUGGCGACAAUAGUUUUGGUGACCGAUUUGUGUUUUAACCGUGGCCGCGAAGAUGAUGAUGAACGCAAGACUGAAGUCAUCGAAGCCUUGAAAUUGCUUGAAGAAGCCAAAUGUCGGUCCCAGAUUGUCAGCAAAUUUGUCGAAUCGUUGGAGAAUGUUCUUCGAAAGCACAAAGUCCGCCUGCUCAACCGCCGGUGUACUGGCGACGAUAACGAUCGUUCGAACACUGAGGGUGAUCGGCCUCUUUUGAAGUCACAAACCAUAGAAGAGCAGAUUGGCAUCGUUCCAGAGCCCUGGGACAGUCUUGAAGAUCCGAUGAGCUAUCCCUCCGAGAUCGACUCGGUGUGGAGAGACUAUGUUCAACUGGGUCCGAAUUUAGAGAUGCCGGAGUGGGACAGCCUUUUCUCUGACCUUGAUAGCACUUUUCACUAG